AUGGCCCUUUGGUAUUUCGACAAGGAUGAGCUGCACCGGACUGCCUCGGCUCAGGAUGGCAUACCACAUGAGAUUGAGUGUCGGUACCGUCAAGAAGGGGCAAGGUUCAUCAUCGACGCUGGUACGAAGAUGUACCUGGGCUACAACACGGUGGCCACCGGUGUCGUUUACUUCCAUCGUUUUUACAUGUAUCAUUCGUUCAAAAUGUUCCCUAGAUAUCUCACAGCAUGCUGUUGUCUUUUUCUUGCGGGUAAAGUAGAAGAAACACCUAAGAGAUGUAAAGACAUAAUAAAGUUGGCUAAAUCAAUAUUACCCGAGGAAAAAUACGAUACCCUUGGAUUAGACCCCAAGGAAGAAGUAAUGGUGCUCGAACGUAUAUUGUUGCAAACAAUUAAAUUUGAUCUGCAAGUUGAUCAUCCAUAUCAGUUUUUAUUAAAGUAUGCUAAAUGUUUAAAAGGUGAUAAGGCUAAACUAACUAAAUUGGUUCAAAUGGCUUGGAUAUUUGUAAAUGAUAGCUUAUGUACAACGCUUUGUCUUCAGUGGGAACCAGAGAUUAUUGCAGUUUCAUUAAUAUAUUUAGCUAGUAAACUGAAUAAAUUUGAACUCAACCGUUGGCAUGGUCGUACGCCAAAUCAAUUACGUUGGUGGGAUAUGUUCGUUCAAGGAAUGAGUAUGGAUUUGCUUGAAGAUAUUUGUCAUCAAAUUCUGGAUCUUUAUUCAAUUCCAGACAAAAAUGCAACACCAUCACCUCCAUGCCUAGAAAAAUGUAUAGUACCCAAAAGAGUUAUACCCCCACAGUCCAUUUAUCAGAAAUCAUUGAUGCAAAAGAUGGCUGCUAAAUACAUGCUUACACCUGAACAAGCGAUGCAAGCAGCUAUAACGAAAAAUGUGAAAUUGAUUACAACGCCAAAUACCUUGCCAGUCAAGGAAUUAUUACCCAUGCCACCAGGAAUUAAACCAUCAAUUUCUAAUGUUCCACCAAAACCACAAAAUGCUCAAAAAACAUUUUUGCCGCCACCUCCCACACCACCUAGAUUGUUAUUAUCACUGUCACCCUUAAACCGACCACCCCCACUUCCAUCAACAAGACAAAUUUCACCUACAAUGCCACCACCGCCACCUCCUCCAACACUUCCGCCCCCUCUACCAACACCAAAUAAAAUGUUGAUUCCUCCAGGUGUUACGCAAUUGCCACCACCUAUACCACCAGCGAACUUCCCUAUGUACCCUUAUCCUCCACUUCAAAAUGCAGGUCAAUCGUUUCGGGACUCUAUGUUUUCUCAGCUUCCAAAUCUGACAUCUUCAGUGCCAGAAAACAUGACUCAGCAAUCAACGCAGUCGUUCCGUGAUUUUGAAACUCAAGACAAGUAUGAAGGAAGAAGACUAAAAUACAUCGAGAGUCGUGCAUUUAGUCGAGAUAGUGCUUUUUCUGGUAGAAGCUAUGGAAAUGGAUCUCAACAUUUCGUAGAUGGUGAUCCACAUUUUAGCAGGGAAAGUGGUCAGCAUUAUGUCGAUAGUGGAAGUCAAUUCUUCCAUUCAGACCCUGCUUAUCUACAGUUCAGAGGAAAUCCGCCAAAUAAACGUGGUUUUAAUACCAGAACUAAUCGACCUUCACCUCCACCGCCCCAAUACCAAAACAGACAAGUUCGGCAUCAUCCAUAUCAAAGACAAUAG